AUGCUCUCCAACCAGUCCCUCGGGCCCGUCGCCGAAGGCCUCUCCCGGGAGGAUCCCGACACUGUAUGCAACCACACCGCCGCCUGGGACUGGGUGCACACCAUACAGCCCGGCUACAUGUCCAUCAUCUGCGCGUUGGGCAUGGCGGGCAACGCCUUCGUCCUCUUGGUGUUCUGCCACCGGCGGCCGCGCCACCGCACCGCGGCCGACAUCUACCUGGGCAACCUGGCGGCGGCCGACCUCCUCAUGGUCUCCUGCCUGCCCUUCUGGGUGGCGACGAUCAUCGGCCACUUCCAGUGGCGGUUCGGCGAGACCAUGUGUCAGCUGGUCAACGUGGUCAUCAGCAUGAACUACUACUGCAGCGUGCUGUUCCUGACGCUGGUGAGCGCCGACCGCUACCUGGCCGUCACCAGGCCGCUGUCGUCCCACAGGGGGGCGGGCCCUGGCAGGGGGAGGCAGGUGCCCUGGGCCCACGCGCUCUGCCUGGGGGUGUGGGCGCUGGGCGCGCUGCUCAGCCUGCCCGCGCUGCUGUUCCGCACCGUGCGCUCCUUCCCCGAGCUGGGGGUGGACGCCUGCGUCAUGCAAUACCCCCACGGGGGCUGGAGGAUGCGCUACAACCUGACCUUCAACCUGGUGGGCUUCCUCAUCCCGGUGCCGGUCGUGUCCUUCUGCACCUACCACAUCUGCAGGGUCCUGCGGGAGAGCCGCGCGCUGCGGGGCCGUAGCUGCAGGGAGCAGACAACGGUGGCGGCGGAGAGGAAGGCCGCCUACUUGGUGAUGGUGGUGCUCGCCGUCUUUGUCCUGUGCUGGCUGCCCUACCAGAUCAUCGUGCUGCUGGACAGCCUGGAUUACUACCAGGUGAUUUCGGGAUGCACGUGGGCACAUGGGCUCGACAUCGGCGUUCAGUUGGCCACCUACCUGGGCUACAGCAACAGCGCGUUGAAUCCCUUCCUGUACGUUAUCGUGGGGAAGCAUUUCAAGCAGCGGGCCAGAGAGGUCUUUAGGCAGACGCUGUGCAGGAGGAGGUGGAGGAAGAAGACGGCGGGUAACAGUAACUCGAGUACUUUAAGAUACACAGAUAGUACCAAGGUGUGACCCCCCCCGUGAUCCCCACUUUGUGAAAGGCAAUA